AUGGCCUCGGGGCUCGAUCUGACUUAUUUGCAGCGGGACGACGGGGACGAGCCCGCGGCCUCCUCGAUGGCUUCCGGCUCUGUGUCGGGCUCAGGCUUCCGGGCAAACACCAGCGACACUACGACGAAUGAUACCGGUUACAGUACUACCAGCCGCAACGACUUCGCUGGAGACAGCAGUACUGGCGUCGGGGCCGAAGAGGAACAGCGCCAGCAGGACGUCUACCGUUCACUGUACGACAACCCGGGCUCGUGUCUCACAGACGAGACAGGACACCAGCCACAACAUCUACAACAGCAGCAACAGCAGCAGCAGAAUGAACAGCAAACCGAACAGCACAAUGAUAAUGCAGAACAGGAGCGGCCGUGGACUGAGCUCAAGACUAAGGCGGGCAAGGAAAGGAAGCGACUACCGCUCGCGUGCAUCGUCUGUCGCAGAAAGAAGAUCCGCUGCUCAGGAGAGAAGCCCGCGUGCAAGCACUGCUACCGGUCGAGGAUUCCGUGCGUAUACAAAGUCACCACCAGAAAAGCCGCCCCGCGGACGGACUACAUGGCCAUGCUGGACAAGCGUCUCAAGCGUAUGGAAGAACGCGUCAUGAAGGCCAUCCCCAAAGAUGAGCAGCGAGACAUGGUCGCCAUCGGCAGAGCUACCGUCAAGCCUCUGCCACCAGGGCACGCCUCCCGCCCGGCUCGUGCAGCCCUCAAGAAGCGGACCGCCACAGAGGCCUUCAGUGCAGAGCUCAACGAGUGGACAAAGCCCGUCACUACGGCUCUGUCAAAUACACAACCAGUGCAACCUGGACGGGUUGCCCCAUCGGGAAAAGCGCAGGAUAUACGGUCGGAUGUGCCUCCGCUACAUCUCAACACGGAGCAUAAACUGCUCUCCCAAGGAGUUGAAUUUUUACCUUCUAUGGAGCUCCAGGAACACCUGGCAGAGGUGUUUUUUGACUGCGUCUACGGCCAGUCCUACCUCCUACUACAUAAGCCGAGCUUCAUGCGCAAGCUCAAGGCGGAUACGGUCCCGCCGGUCCUUACACUUGCCAUUUGCGCCGUCGCUGCCCGCUUCUCUACCCAUCCACAAGUCAACAGCACCGAGCCGGCCUUCCUGAGAGGCGAGUCCUGGGCCAACGCCGCCGCAGACAUCGCCCUCGCUCGACACGAUCAACCAAACAUCACCAUUCUCACCGUUUUUCUCAUACUAGGUCUUCACGAAUUUGGCGCUUGUCAUGGCGGUCGAAGCUGGUCGUUCGGCGGAAUGGCCCUGCGCAUGGCCUACGCCCUUCAGCUCCAUAAGGAACUUGACCGUGACCCCCUAGGCCAAGGUGGCAAUUCCGCGGAGCUCAGCUGUACUGAUAGAGAAAUCCGUCGACGUACCAUGUGGGCAUGUAUCCUUAUGGACCGCUACAAUUCUUCUGGCAGCCAGAGACCACCCAUCGGCAACGAGAAGUUUCUACAGAUCCAACUACCCAUCAAGGAAUCUCACUUUUGGCGUGAGAUCCCGGGUCCCACUGAGGAUCUGGAUGGGGCCGUGCCUAACCCUGUACCUGAAGGUGUAGGGCAGCUGUCGAACCCAAAGAAUAACAUGGGCAUAUCUGCAUACAUUAUACGCAGCAUCAUGCUCUGGGGAAAGAUUGUGGACUACCUUAAUCUCGGUGGAAAGGCGAAGGACCCAUAUAGACUAUGGGAGCCAGAGUCUGGAUACAAUCAGCUGAAAAGAUUGCUAAAGGACUUUUCUUCCUCCCUACCUGAGUGUAUGGUCUUUAACUGGGAGAACCUGCAGAAUUACGCCGUGGAGAAGAUUGCAAACCAGUUCAUUUUCCUACAUAUUGUUAUCCAUCAGAAUACCCUGUUUCUCAACCGAUUUGCCAUCCCGCUCUCUCCUCGGGGUCGCCCACCUAGAGAUAUCCCGAAACAGUUCCUGAGCGAAGCUGGUAGAGCGGCUGUCGAAGCGGCGAGCCAUAUCUCUAUGCUUAUCGACCAGGCAUCCGGCUACAUGCUCACUGUCCCCUUUGCUGGUUACUGCGCCUACGCAGCGAGUACGGUACAUAUCUGGGGGAUCUUCUCAAAGAACCCACAGUUAGAGGCUGCCUCCAAGGAGAACUUUCGACACACAUACAACUACCUAAACAAGAUGAAGCGUUACUGGGGCAUGUUUCACUACAUGGUCGAGAGCUCCAAGGAAAGGUACAGACAUUUCGCUGAAGCAUCUCUUCGAGGCCGCACAGCCCCUGAAAGCAUUAAGGAAGGUAACAGCCAAGAUGUGCCUAUAUUCCAGUAUGGAGAUUGGUUCGACAAGUAUCCUCACGGAGUAUCAAAAAUGCGCUGGGAAGAUCCGGACGUAGACAUAAAAAAGGAGAGUGGCAGCGACGCCGUGAUGUCCCAGCAGUCCGAUCUCCAGAGUGUUGAAGAGUUUUUCACUAGCAUGUCACCCACAUCACCCUCGGACGCGCCCCGAAAGGAAGCCAAACGAGCAGGUGCCACAACCCCGUCGGACAAGAUAAGGUCAAAGCUUGGGUCAAGGGGUAAUACCAAAUCUCAAUCCUCCACCAGCUCGGCGCAUUCCCGAAUUGUAACCAACCUGCCAUCCCCAGAGCAGCGCCAGCGCCAGCACCAGCAACAGCAACAGCACCAGCAACAGCAACAACAACAACAAAUACCCCGCUCCCAGCCAAUGCAACAGCCACCCUCGACGAAUCCUGUCAGUUCUCAGAUUCCUGCACAACAGGAACCUAUACCGAAUCACGCCGGCAACGGUUAUACCGCCUACAACAACCCUAAUAUAUACCCCGCUGACCCAUCUUCCUAUGCGUCCGAAUAUAAGUUCCAUCCUCAUCCUGACCCCCUACCACAACUAGACCGACAACUUGUAUAUGACGCCUAUGCGGGUGUCGAAGCUAUACCUCAACACCCUAUUCCCAUGACAUCGUCCAAUAAUCCCCCCAUCCAACCACACCACCCAGCUCAGCCACAGCCGCAGCCAGGACAUGCCGCCGACCCUAACAUCAAUAAUUCGUACUGGAACAAUGGUAACAAUAACAAUUACCAUUCCUACGAAAUGCAGCCACCUAUGAACUGGAAUGGUGAACUAAUACAGUCCAGUGCAUGGUUCUUGCCUUUCAAUCUUGACCCAACUGGCAUAGAUGGCCACGUAUCCCAUCCAGGUGGCCCAACAGGCAUACCUUCACAUUCGCCUCCCAAUCCAGCCGUUUCAUCCGGCAUGGACAUGAGUGAAAGCGGCUAUUAUGGCUCACCAACAAUGAUGCACCCUGUAGGCAUGGGCCUAGGUACGAUUGAGGGUGUACCCGGUAUGCCUGAAACUCUUCGGGAGAGAGUGGGCUGA